AUGUUCUGGAAAGCCAAAUCAGCUUCCAUCCCUCUCGAAUCCGAUAAGUCCAUCCGUCGGUCUCAUCUUUCACCCGAUAAAUUGGUGACGCGGCCAGCGGGUGAUGAAGUCACGGUCGUUGGAGAUGUCUUCUCAUAUUGUUCCCGGAAGUAUGGAGAGCAAGAGGCAUGUUACUAUCGGGAUAUCGUCGGUAUAGUGGAAGAAGUAAAGACAAUUCCCAAGACGGAUGGUUCGGGCGAAGAGAAAAAGACUUGGAAAUACUUCACCCUCUCAGAACCCAAGCCUGUCACAUACAAUGAGCUUGAUGCAAGUGUCACUGCUCUCACAUCCGGUCUGGUUAAUAUCGGCUUCACAGAUCCUACCACCCCAAUCUCUUCCAGAUCUAGAGUAUCGAUAUAUGCCGAUACUUCUCUGAAUUGGCAACUCAUGUCUCAAUCUUUUGCAAGGCUGGGUCAUGUGAUAACUACCGCCUAUACCACUUUGGGAGAAGAGGGACUGUUGACUAGUUGGAAUGAACCAGAUGUGGAAUUAUGCUUUUGCGGAGAAGCUCAACUGGAAAUGAUAGCUAAGGUCAUUGCAAAGGCUCAGAGGGUCAAAUGGAUCGUAUAUGAUGGUGACGAGAGCAAUAUCAACCAGGAAAUGUUUCGCGCCAUCACCAAAGUUGUCGAGGGCCGACAAGGCAGAAUCAUAUCUUUGAGGGAACUCAAGCAAUUAGGCAUCAGUCGACAAGUCGUAGAUUACGGCCAAAAGCCCACAGAAGCUGAUUUAUUCUGCAUCAUGUAUACCAGUGGAUCAACAGGUUCACCUAAGGGGGUCUUGUUAACGCAUAGAAAUAUCAUUGCCGCUAUCGCUGGAUCGACACUCUUGUGGGGCGGCCGAUUCACCCGCUCCGAUCUUCUCCUUGCAUAUCUCCCACUCACUCAUAUCCUCGAGCAGUUCUUGGAAUUCACAUUUUAUCUGCUCGGAGUGCCAAUAGGAUAUGGCACUGUCAAGACUCUUCUCGAUGAUAGCGUGAGAAACUGUCAAGGCGAUUUUGCUGCAUACAAGCCUACCUUAUUACCGGGAGUACCAGCAAUCUUCGAAAUGAUUAGGAAAGGAAUGGUCAAGAAGAUACACGACGCCGGAUCCCUGGUGGGGACAAUCUUCAAUUUGGCAGUAAGCGGCAAACAGACGCUGCCUUGGCCUUUCUCAGCAGCCAUCGACAAGGUGCUCUUUGGAAAGAUCAAAGCAGCCACUGGAGGUAGAUUGAGAUUAGCGGUCUCUGGAGGGGGUUCGUUGAGUGCGGACACGCAGAAGUUCUUAUCUACCGUUUUGGUACCGGUCAUACAAGGUUACGGCUUAACGGAAACAUGCGGUAUGGCAACUAUUUGUACGCCUCAAUACUCAGGGAUAGGUAGUGUGGGAGUCAUAGGACCGUCUUGCGAGGUGAAAUUACAAGAUCACGCGGAAGCAGGCUACUUGACGUCAAACAAGCCAUCGCAAGGGGAAAUAUUACUAAGAGGUCCCAACGUAUUCCAAGGAUACUUUAAGCAGGAAGAAUUGACGAAGGAGAGCUUCACGUCUGAGGGUUGGUAUAAAUCCGGAGACAUCGGUCAGUGGAAUGAGGAUGGUUCGCUCAGUCUCAUUGAUCGAGUGAAAAACCUCGUGAAACUCGCCAACGGGGAGUACUUGGCCUUGGAGAAGGUCGAGUCCGUGUACAAGCAUUGCAACUCCGUAAUGAUGCUGUGCAUCUGUGCACCACCAUAUGCUGAUCGACCGAUCGCUCUCGUAUAUCCACAUGAAGGAAACCUACGAAAUCGGCUGAAGGCUAAUGGUAUUGAGGAUGCUGGUGGCCCAAGAGAGUGGGCGUCGAACAUGGAAAUUGUCAGCUACUUGAUAGGGGAGUUGCGAGAGGAGGCAAAGAGAGGAGGGUUGAAAGGAACGGAACUGAUCAGGGAUGUGAUUCUAACUAAAGAAGAGUGGUCACCAGAUAACGGAAUGCUUACCCCUGCCAUGAAACUGGCACGCAACUCCAUCAGCAAAAAAUAUGAAAAGGAGAUCGAGAAAGCUUUUGGGAGAAGUUCCUAG